CCACCAUCCACUCGCAUCACAAUCAAACAUGGCUGAAUUCGUCAAUACUUCCAAUUCAGAAUUGGAUGAACAGCAAAUUCGACUAAAAGAAGAAUUUCAAAUCAGUCAAGGACCCUUAUCAGUUUUACAAAGUUCCGUUCGAAACAAUACAAAGAUUUUGAUCGCUUUACGAAAUAAUAAAAAGCUUUUGGGAAGAGUAAAGGCUUUUGAUAGACAUAGUAAUAUGGUCUUGGAAAACGUAAAGGAAAUGUGGACUGAAGUGCCAAAAAGCAAGAAUCGCAAACCGGUCAACAAAGAUCGGUUCAUCCCAAAGAUGUUCUUGAGAGGUGAUUCGGUUGUGCUAGGUGAGUAGAGAUGGCAGAGAUGAAUUUGAUCGCAUACUGACAACAUUUACCCUCUUUUGCAGUCUUGCGCAACACCUCAUAGUCAACUUUGAUACCCAGUCAUUCGGCGAAUAUCGCUGUUUCAACGCAACUGUACAACUUGUAUUCUAUUCAAUCAAUCUCAUCUGCCUCACAAUAAAAUGCUCGACUGAAGCGAUCCUAAGUCACGACUGUAUCUGCACACACGCGCCGUUUGAGAGUAGAAAGAGGAUUCUAUUGAAUAGGUAUGGUAGGUGAAAGAAAUGUCGAAAGUUAUGAAAAUGUGAAGAAUGGAAUGAAGGUGUGAAAUGGAUGUAUAUAUAUGUAUAGUGUUC